AUGGAGAGUGCAACUAAGAAGCCAAAUAGAAUAGAGUUAGCAUUGGAUGACUGGGCAAAACUAGUAAAAAAAUCAUGUUCUAUAGAAAUUGAACAAAUAAAAAAAAAACAUACAAAAAUUACAAAUCAAUACAAACCAGAAAGAACAAUAUAUAUGGAGAAUGUGCUAUCAUAUCAGCAUACUAAAAAUAUUUGUUUGUUAGCAAGUGAGAUUAUUAGAAGAAAUGGAGUAUCGUAUUUGAUUAUUGAUUUUUUGAAACAAAUGUUAUUUUUGAGAGGUUUUUUUGCUUUAACAAAAGAUACCACACUAAUGCAACUAACAAGAUUCUCAACAUAUAUGAAAUUGGUAGAGGACGGUAUGAAUGCCAUAUAUGAAUCAAGUAACACUCAAAACAAAUCAGCAUUAAAUAGAAUUAAAGAAAAUAGAAGGAGAAUUUUGAUUUAUAAUAUUAAAAAAGUAUUGGAUAGUGGAAUUGGAUUUAAGCAUAAUAAACAACCAGUAUAUUAUAUUAGAAUAGUAGAUCUUCAUUUAAAAACAACAUUGUCAUUUGGAUCAAUAAGUGAACUUAGACAGUUGUUAGUUUGGGAGUUAGAAAAAGUAAUAUAUUCAUUCUCAGAUAUAUCUUUAAAAGAAAAAAGCUUUAUAUCACAUAUUACAUUUGUGCUAGAUUUUAGUAAUAUGGGGAUUUAUACUUGCAAAGUGGAGUUUCAAUCAUUUAUGAGACUAAUUUCAGAAGUUUUAGAUUUUUAUUCUCCUUUAUUGGUUAAUACACUAAUCAUUCACAAAUCAAAAUCUUUAAAAGAAAAUCUAUGGUAUUCUAUAGAACCAAUAAUUUCGUUGUUAUAUGACAGAAAAAUUGUAACAAUUUUCACUGAUACAGAAGAUGAGCUUUGGAGACUUUUGGAACCAACUAAUAUGGCAAUUCUACAUUCAAGGGGUGGAUUUAUUCCAAAUACCUGUCUUUAUCCAGUUUGUACCAAUUCAACUGUAGUACCAAAUAUUGAACUUUGUAUUCAAAAAGAAAAUGAACACGAACUACAAAGUUAUAAUAAAUAUGCUACAUAUAAAAACUUCUUUUUAUCAUUUAAGCCAGAAUUAUCAAUCAGAAGAUUUAUUAAUAAUUGUACUAGUAUAGAAAAAAAAAUCAUUAAUAAGUCAUAUUGGAUUGAGGAACAAAAUCAAACAAAGAUUGAAGAAAUUAGUAAAAGUUUUAACGAGGAUAAUUAA